UUUAAAUAUCUUAAAAAUGGGAUAGGGAUCAUCUAAAUUUUACGCAGUUCCAGUGGGAGAGAAGAAAGAUGGAGAAAGUCAUGUCUAUAGAAAUCCAAAUAAUACUCAAAAGCUUCUAGAUAACUUCGAAGGAGAAACAACAGUUUAAGGAAUUUUCUUAAGAUCUUGCCGUAAAUUUCCAAACAAUAGAUGCUUGGGCAAGUAGGUAGUCACUGGAGAGAAUAGUAGACAUUAUGUUUACAAAACUUAUCUUGAAGUCAGAAAUGUUGCAGAGUAUAAUCUUAAAUAGAAACUAGAUAACUUGGGUCAGGUAUAAAGAAUUUGAAUUUGAUUCCAAAUCCAGUGAUGUAUGAGGGAUAGGAAUUGAGAAUGAUAGGAAUAUUCUCAAAAAACAGAGAAGAAUGGCUACUUCUAGAUAUAGCGAAUACAUUGUAUGGAAACACAAUGAUUCCCUUAUAUGAUACAUUAGGAUUGGAAAGCAUUCCUUACAUCCUAGAGCAAACUUAGCUAAGCACUUUAUUCAUUUCAAGCACUAGUGUGGAAACUCUUUUAAAAGUAAAAGAGUGCCAUGCUCUAAAGUUUGUNAUGUAUAUUGAAAAAAAAUUUCAAAACAUUUUCCACUUUUAUAAAAAUGAAUGA